AUGGAAUCGCCAAGAACAGAACGUCAGGUGAGAAGCUUCUUGGGAAAAAUUCAGUAUAUCAACAGGUUUAUCUCUAGGUUAUCUAUCACUUGUGCUCCAAUCUUCAAGUUGCUUAGGAAGAGCCAACCAGUUAGAUGGAACGAAGAUUGUCAGAAAGCCUUUGACCAUAUAAAGGAGUACUUAAAGAAUCCACCAGUGUUGAGUUCUCCUAGACCGGGAGAACCUCUGAUUCUGUACUUAUCUAUAGAGGAUGCAGGAGUUGGAGCUAUGGACGGGCUGUCCAAAGUGGCUAAUUCAAGAUGUCCAGCUGUAGAUGCAGAGUUUUGUCACGAGCAGACGGUCAAAGGUCGGGUUGUGGCAGGAAUCCUGGCUGAGAAUCCAAUUGCAGAUAAUGAAUAUGGGAAUUUGGAAUUCCAGAUGAACAUUUGUUAUUGUGUGGAAACGGGGUUGGAAACUUUACUUUUGAUGCGUCAGGCCAACAGGAAAUGGAGCUGGAGUGUUAUCGCUGACUUAGAAGCACCCAAUGGCGAGGUUACAAAACAAUUGUUGCAAAGAUUGUUGUUAUUCCCAGGUCACCAAACAAAUAUGGCCGAAUUGAGCGUUGUUAUCAUUGCGGAAUGGGAGGGCUCUUCUUGCAUCAAGUUGAUUCAGAGGAAGAACCUUGAAGAACCUUGGUUUACGGAUAUUCUGCGGUACAUGAAAAACGGAACCUUUUCUGAUGACGCAACAAAGGAAGACCGUUCAGUUCUAAGAAAAAUGCCUUUGAAUUAUGUCCUGGCCGAUGGUGAACUAUAUAGAAGGGCCUGGGAUGGAAUGCUGCUAAGAUGUGUAGGUAAGAAGGAAGGAGAUGAGAUUAUGAAGAAGAUCCAUGAAGGCGUCUGUGGCACUCAUUUGAGUGGAAUGAGUUUGGCUAGAAAGAUCAUGAGGCAAGGCUACUUUUGGGUGCAGAUGGAAGGUGACUGUGUCAAUUCAUCAUUGGUAAAAGCUUGCCAGUAUCAUGAUAAUAAAAGCCAUUUGCCAUGCUAUUGA